GGUCAACCUGCAUCAUCAAGCUACCACUACAAGCUGAACGACUUCUUGACAAAAUGGCGAACGGCUGGAGCAUUCUCAUCGGUUUCGUUGUAGUCGCCCUGGCUUGUGCAGCGGGAUGGUUCCUUUCACCUAAGGGCGAAACACAGACAAUCUGGCGAAGCUCUCUGAUCCUCUCUUUCGCAAGUUGCUAUCUUAUGUGGGUCAUUACCUUCUUAGCACAAUGGCAUCCCCUCAUCGAGCCUCGAGCCUCCGGCCUCAGAAGUCACGCAGUAUACGAGAACUAUCGCCCUGCUUGAAAAAGGAAGAUUGGAGUCGAUGAAAGAGCUGCAUGGAUGUAUAUUUCUGGCGUUAAGAGAUUGGGGAUUCGGAACAGGCUUCACAUGCCGUGUAUUUGAUAUCGAAUGGGAAGAUUAGGCUUGCAUGACGGAGAGCAAUUGCUGAAACAUAAUGGAUACCAUACAAUACCUGGCAGAUGAGAUUUUCACACUUGAAGGAAAGUGACUUGUGAACAACUUGGCACAUUGCUAUCA